AUGCAUAAUCUUAAGUAGAAUCUCUAUUCAAUGAAUGAGAUGUUGAGCAAUGCUUCAUACCAAGACCUUCAGGACUAACAUAUCCAAGCGAAACUUUCUGAAUUCCUAAAGGCAAAAGGUCUUUUCCUUCAUGCUGAUAGCCAAUACAGUAAUCUUCUCAAUAGAUGCAAUAAUGCCUAGCCAGCCCAUCCUAGUUUGAUACUGUACUCUGCAGUAUCUCAGACUCUUUAUUUUGAUGAUAGCAAGUAUCUAGAUAUCAGACAUGAUCUAAUCACGUUCCUUAAUAUCAAUCUCAAGACGCUUCAAACUGUCAUUGAUGACAUAUGUCAUCCCAGAGAAACUAUCAACUCUUUGGAUGCCAAGGAAUUUCUCGACAAUUUAGAGGAUCCUUCUAAUGAUCAGACUAUCUUGCUAGCGUUUUGUGCUCUGGCUCAAAACUACACAUUUAGCAUUGUGUACUUUAACGAAAGACAGGAACUCAAUACCUGGAAAUAUAUAGAUAACUAAAUUGUCAAAGAUGGUGAGAGUCAAAAUAGCGUUAACCAACUUGCAGGUUUAUAGAAUAAUAAGCCUCACCUGUCAUUUUUGUUGAAAAGUCCGAGACAAGUUUUACCAUUAACCUGUUGUGAGGCAUACUCUAAAUUCCAGUUCCACAAGCUGUUUAACACUCGUUCUCAGUAAUAAUAUGACUCUGAAGGAUAGAGUGACUUAAAAGCAUACUAGCAAAAGGUUAAUAUGAUAGACUAAAUAUAAGAAAGAUCCUUGUAGAAUAACAAUGUAAGUCCACUCAAUACAAAUAGCACCAUCGGGUCUAAUAUGAGUUCAUCUAAACCAAAUUCUUCCCCUGGCACGAAUAGCUCUUCAUCUUAAAACUAGAACUAGAAUCAAUUAGAAAUUUCUGGCGGAGGAACUGCACCAAAUUCCUAACAGCAAUAACAGCAGCAGAACUAAGAUAUUUCAAAUAGUAUUGAAUAGUUAAGAUUUUAAUUGAUGGAUCAGAAUCGGUUGGUGAGACAAAAUAACCAACCACCUCCUUAAUAGUAAUAACCAUAACAGUAGCAACAACCACAAUAGAUGCCAAUGUAACAGUACUCUUAGCACCAAUAAUUAUCAUAGACUAUGGUUCAAUAAUAGUAGAUGCAGCAACAGUAGUAAAUGCCUCACUCUCUCAGUUAGAAUUCCCUACUGCAACACUAAUAGCUACUUUAGGGGCUUAACUAGCAAUAGCAGAUGCAAAAUCAACAGCAUGCUAUGAUGGGAUCACCUCUUCAAAACUAAUAGCAAUUCAACCAAAUAUCCUUAGCCAACAUGAAAAAGACUCAAUCAGAAAAUGGACUCUUAGUCGGUUAGCUAAACAUCAGUGGAUUGUAAUAAUCGCCCUAAUAAAUGCCAAUGAACAGGAUAUAUCAGAAUCAACAGCAUGCGAUGACAACGACGAACAUGUAGAGCCCAGGCUUUCAACAUUUUAACUCACCAGCUGAUUAAUAAUCCUACCUGAAAUCUAUGCAGAGUAAUAACGCACCACUUUUAAGUAUCCAGGAAGAACACGAUGAAAAGUCAUCAGAUUUGAAUACUCAAACUUUGAAUAGCACCUCAAAUUUGUCGAAUCUUGGUGGAAUUGGAGCUUAAAUUAACUUGAACCCGACAAGCUAGCCAUUUGUUCCUAAGAAAAACUUCUCUUAACCUGGAAAUAUGCCUAUUCUUAAUGUACAACAAAGACCUUAAAUGUAUGGCAGAACAUAAAUGGACUUUUCUAAUGUUAUGUCACCUUAAAUGAUGCAGACUCAAGAUCCAAGAAGACUUUAUGGUCAUUAGUCUUUGAAUUUCGAGCAUCUCCAGCAUACUUAAAACUCACUUCUUUAGUAGAAUCCAUACUAGCCUCACUUAAGAUAAUACUCUGGCUUGUAGAACUCAGACAGAUCUGGUUCUUUUGUCAGAAUUGAUGAAAUUUAAAGUAUCGGAGCCCCCCAGCAAAUGCAGGCCUAGUAACAACCUGUGAAUCCUGACACUAUGAAAGUGACAGGAACCUUGAAGUUCUUUUAUGAGAAUGAUAAUUACGGAUUUUUGGUGGGAGAUACAGAUGGAAAAGACGUUUUCUUUCAUCUUGAUGAUAUGAAAAGCACCCAGCUGGUCAAAGAGUAAUUUGUGAAUGCCAGGGACAAUUACGUUAUUAGAUUCGCCUACAACAAACUAGCAUACUUUGGAAGGUAUGGUCUCAGUAUGAAGGCUAUCAACAUUGACUUAGUGGAAAUAGUGCCACUUCAAUAAUCUCCAGUUCCUAAAACUACAUUUUAAUGA